UGUCCUGGUCCGAGUAGCACAUAACACUUUGCUGGGUGCUCAGUGGCGGGCUGACUGCUGCUGCUGCUUUAAAAAAAAAAAAAAAAAAAAAAAAGGAGCCGUGACAUGGGAAGCCCGUUGCAGCUGCGGAACCAUUUCUACCAGGAGCAGCAGUUGGAACCGAGUCAGUACCACCGGCACCCCUGCGGACAGCCGCCGCGAUACACCUGCGCUUGCAGCGACUACUGCACCUGCCAUGCCCGGGAAAGCUGCGUCCUCCGCGGGACGUCGCCGACAUGCACCGCGGUAACUUUGAGGACAUCUUCAGACACGUCUUCCAGGCGCGGCGUCCGCGACCCGACCCCCUCUAGUCAUGCUACUUCCUCCAGGCAUCCCCCUCCUCCACCGCCGCCGCCUCCUCCUCCUCAGCAGCAGCAGCAUCCGCAGCAUCCCGGGGCCAGCCACGCGAACGCCUCCCGCCAUGAGACAGCCAUGAGCAGCUGCAGAUACAACGGCGGAGUCAUGCGGCCGCUCAGCCACUUGAGCUCGUCCCGCAGGAACGUGCACGAGUUCGAUUCCGAGUCGCAGCCCCUGCAGCCCCUCUCGGCCGUGGACGCGUCGGACAACUUGGCAACCUCCAAGCCGGAGAACCGCUCUGCCACGCUCAUGCCGUACUCAUCCGGGGACGGAGGCGGGGGCUGCGGCCACGGCGGCGGGAAAUCUGGCAAGAAGAAGAACCAGAACAUUGGGGAGAAGCUCGGCCACAGGAGGGCCUUGUUUGAGAAGAGGAAGCGACUCAGCGACUAUGCUUUAAUCUUUGGGAUGUUUGGGAUCGUUGUUAUGGUUAUAGAGACGGAACUCUCCUGGGGAGCCUAUGGAAAGGAGUCGCUGUAUUCAUUAGCUCUAAAAUGCCUGAUAAGCCUUUCUACAAUCAUUCUCCUGGGACUGAUUAUCAUCUACCAUGCGAGAGAGAUCCAGUUAUUCAUGGUGGACAACGCGGCCGACGACUGGAGGAUAGCCAUGACGUACGAGCGCAUCUUCUUCAUCUGCCUGGAAAUCCUGGUGUGCGCCAUCCACCCCAUCCCUGGAAACUACACCUUCACCUGGAACGCCCGUCUGGCCUUCACCUACGUGCCAUCCCAGACGGACGCCGACGUGGACAUCAUCCUGUCCAUCCCCAUGUUCCUGCGGCUGUACCUCAUCGCCCGCGUCAUGCUGCUGCACAGCAAGCUUUUCACGGACGCCUCGUCUCGCAGCAUCGGGGCGCUCAACAAGAUCAACUUCAACACGCGCUUCGUUAUGAAGACCCUCAUGACCAUCUGUCCCGGGACGGUGCUACUGGUCUUCACCAUCUCGCUGUGGAUCAUCGCGGCGUGGACCGUGAGAGCUUGCGAGAGGUACCACGACGACCAAGAGACCAACAGCAACUUUCUAGGGGCCAUGUGGUUGAUUUCCAUCACCUUUCUUACAAUUGGAUACGGAGACAUGGUCCCAAAUACGUACUGUGGGAAAGGAGUCUGCCUCCUGACUGGCAUUAUGGGUGCAGGCUGCACUGCCUUGGUGGUGGCUGUGGUGGCGAAGAAGUUGGAGUUAACCAAAGCUGAAAAGCAUGUUCAUAAUUUCAUGAUGGACACCCAGCUCACCAAAAGAGUGAAAAAUACAGCUGCGAAUGUUCUCAGGGAGACGUGGCUCAUCUACAAGAACACCAAACUGGUGCGAAAGAUGGACCACGCCAGAGUCAGGAAGCACCAGAGGAAAUUUCUCCAAGCCAUUCAUCAAUUGAGAAGUGUUAAAAUGGAGCAACGCAAGCUGAAUGACCAAGCAAACUCUCUAGUGGACCUUGCCAAGACUCAGAACAUCAUGUACGACAUGGUAUCUGACUUGAACGAGAGGGGAGAGGACAUGGAGAAGAGGAUCGCCCUGCUGGAGACAAAGCUGGAGACUCUGCUAAGCAACCUGCAGGCUCUGCCUGCUCUCAUCAGCCAGGUGAUCAGCCAGCAGCACAGGGACUUCCUGGAGGUGCAGCUGCAGCCUUACGACAAACACAGCCCCGAACGCUCGCAGUCGGCGUCGCGGCGGCGGUCGUCGUCCACGGCGCCGCCCACCUCUUCGGAGAGCAGCUAGGGUCCGAAGGGAAGGCCUCCAUUGAAGACUUUUGCCAUCAUAUGGCCAAGUUGCAUUUAUCUUAAAGCCUUAUGGCUUCAAUAAGUAUUAUCCAAAUUCUGAUGACAGAAUCCGAGAUAGUGGAUAACUACAUGCAGUUUAUUUUUUAGUUUUUGCUUUAUAUUACCUCAGUGUUGGCAUGACGCUUCCCUCAGUAAAGGCCUGUCAGCGGGUGGGAAACUACUGCACUAAAAUAGUGCUUCUAAGUGAAACAUGACCGUUAUGUUGAGGAAAUGGUUUGAGCUGGAUGGACUGGAUUGACAACAGAAGGCGAAUACAAACAAGUAUCCUUUUUUUUUUUUUAAGAGAUUACAGACAGCAUCAACAUUAGUCAGAGACGGUGGAACAACUUGUGGAGUCGGGCGGUACUGUUCUCAGGGGGCAUUUCCAACAAGUAGGGCAACCAUGCUUCAAAAAUACAGUUGUGUUCAAAAAUAUUGAACAAAAGUAAUAACUUUCAGGGAUGCACCAAAAUGAAAAUUCUUGACCGAAACAAAGUGAAGUAACUGAGGAUGAAUUCAUUCCAAAUGGCUGGACCAUUCUGCGGACUUUGCCAAAUUUGUCUCGCUAAUAAAGUGAGGAAAAGAAGUAUUUGAACCACCUGCAAUUUUGCAAGUUCUCCCACUUAGAAAUAAUGAGCGGGUUUGAAAUUUUGAUGGUAGGUGCUUGUCCACUGUGAGAAACAAUCUAAAGGGAAAAAAAUCCAAAAAUCACAGUUGAUGAUUUUUUAAACAAUUUAUUUGUAUUAUACUGCUGCACAUACAGUGGGGCAAAUAAGUAUUUAGUCAACCACUAAUUGUGCAAGUUCUCCCACUUGAAAAUAUUAGAGAGGCCUGUAAUCAUCAACAUGGGUAAACCUCAAACAUGAGUAACAGAAUGUGGGGGAAAAAAAACAGAAAAUCACAUUGUUUGAUUUUUAAAGAAUUUAUUUGCAAAUCAUGGUGGAAAAUAAGUAUUUGGUCAAUACCAAAAGUUCAUCUCAGUACUUUGUUAUGUACUCUUUGUUGGCAAUAACGGAGGCUAAACGAUUUCUGUAAAUCUUCACAAGCUUUUCACACACUAUUGCUGGUAUUUUGGCCCAUUCCUCCAUGCAGAUCUCUUCUAGAGCAGUGAUGUUUUGCGGCUGUCGUUGGGCAAUGCGGACUUUCAACUCCCUCCACAGAUUUUCUAUGGGGUUGAGAUCUGGAGACUGGCUAGGCCACUCCAGGACUUUGAAAUGCUUCUUACGAAGCCACUCCUUUGUUGCCCUGGCUGUGUGUUUGGGAUCAUUGUCAUGCUGAAAGACCCAGCCACGUCUCAUCUUCAUCGCCCUUGCAGAUGGAGAUUUUCACUCAAAAUCUCUCGAUACAUGGCCCCAUUCAUUCUUUCCUUUACACAGAUCAGUCGUCCUGGUCCCUUUGCAGAAAAACAGCUCCAAAGCAUAAUGUUUCCACCCCCAUGCUUCACAGUGGGUAUGGUGCAAUUCAGUAUUUUGUCUCCUCCAAACACGAGAACCUGUGUUUCUACCAAAAAAUUCUAUUUUGGUUUCAUCUGACCAUAAGACAUUCUCCCAGUCCUCUUCUGGAUCAUCCAAAUGCUCUCUAGCAAACCGCAGACGGGCCUGGACGAGUACUGGCUUCAGCAGGGGGACAUGUCUGGCCGUGCAGGAUUUGAGUCCCUGGCGGCCUAUUGUGUUACUGAUAGUAGCCUUUUAUACUGUGGUCCCAGCUCUCUGUAGGUAAUUCACUAGGUCCCCCCGUGUGGUUCUGGGAUUUUUGCUCACCGUUCUUGUUAUCAUUUUGACGCCACGGGGUGAGAUCUUGCAUGAAGCUCCAGAUCGAGGGAGAUUAUCAGUGGUCUUUUAUGUCUUCCAUUUUCUAAUAACUGCUCCCACAGAUGAUUUCUUUACACCAAGCGAAGAGUGAAGAGUUACAGAAAACGUUUGGCCUCCGUUAUUGCCAACA